AUGGCCAGCCACGGCGUUCGGCGAUUUAAGCCCGUGGAGAAGACCCCCAAAGAACGGCAGCAGGAGCUGCAGAAGAUAGAAGACUACAGAUCUCUAGAACGUGGGGUCUCAGAAAAAGUAGCGAAUCAAGAUUACACUUCUGACACGUUGAGGAAGAUCUCGGAGCUGCUGAAUCGGAAUCCAGAGUACUACACUAUCUGGAACCAUCGUCGUCAGGUCAUGAGAUAUCAUUUUUCGGAAGCUGAAAAUAACUCCGAGGAUAGUUUAGGCCAAUCGGUCCUCCAGCUCAUCAAAGAUGAUCUAAUGUUUCUCAUCCCGCUCCUGCGAAGCUUUCCCAAAUGCUAUUGGAUUUGGAACUAUCGAAUCUGGCUACUGGAUGAGGCUCGUCGACUGCUCGCAUUGCCUGAAGCUCGCCAGCUUUGGCAAGAAGAGUUCUUCCUGGUUGGCAAGAUGUUGACGUUGGAUAGUCGCAAUUUCCAUGGAUGGGGAUACCGCCGCUUGGUGGUGGAGACCUUGAAACAGUUGGGAAGCCCGGAUGAGGCCAUGGGCAUGACCCAGAAAGAAUUUGAGUACGCAAAGAAAAUGAUUGGGGCUAAUCUUUCCAAUUUCUCCGCUUGGCAUUAUCGCACCAAGCUGAUCCAGCAGUUAUUGGAUGAGCAAUGUGCCACUGAUGACGAGCGAAAAGCAAUGCUGGAUGAAGAGAUAUCUCUCAUCCAUCAAGCUUUGAUUGAUCCCUAUGACCAAUCCGUCUGGUUCUAUCACCAAAAUCUGCUGUCUGUAUUUGACCCGGCCACUGCAGAUCGGACCAUGGCUCCGAACCUGACCACGCCCGAGCGACUUGAAUACCUCCGUCAAGAGAUUGAAAACAUUGAAGAGGUUCUUGACGGAGCUGAAGAUUGCAAAUAUAUCUACCAGGCGCUGAUAGAGUGUACAGUGCUGGUAUCCAAGGUGGCGGGCUGUUUAUCAUCGGAGGAUCGAGAUCAAAUUCUGAGCUGGCUCUCAGAAUUGAAACAAUUGGAUCCACUCCGACAGCAGAGGUGGUUGGACUUUGAGCGGACAUUGUAA